AAUGAAGGACUGCAGCUGAUCUCAAACUUGGUUACCCAAAAUCCUGUAGGUCUCAGGUUGAAAAGGAAAAGAUACCAUCAAGCUUUCUGGUUGAGACAAAACAAAGAGAAGAAUCAAGAGAAAAAAUCACAGGAUUGGGAUGAUAUUCCUGACCCUGGAAGAAUCCCAUAUUCGUGCAAUCAUAAUGAACAUCUUGAGCCGGCCCAAACACUUUCUACAGCAACCUGGAUAUUUGACCUGGUGGAAGUUGGAGAGCAUGGAGAAAAGUGUGUGACCUACAAGGCACCAGAGACCAUAAACACCUGGGAGACAGAGAUUUACUGUYUGUCUCCUCACUCUUUUGGUUUGGCUUCUCGCACAUCAUUCAGGGUCUUUCGACCAUUUUCACUUGAUUUCACCCUGCCCAGCUCUCUGGUGUUGGGAGAGAGCGUCGUACUGAAGGCAACUGUUAUCAACUACCUGCACAGCUCCAUCAAGGUCAAAAUGACUCCAUCUGCCUCUUUGGCCUUCACCCACAUUGCCAAGGAUAGUUAUGUUGAAUUAAUAAUCUUAAUAAUGUCAUUUAAAGGUAGUCUUUGUUGUUUUUUUAACCUGUUAAAGAAUCCCGUGGUGAUGAAGAGUCUGAGCUGCCUGAGGGAAUAUGUCGAUGACCUCAGCAACGUGUACACCACAGCUCUGCUGGCAUACGUCUUCACCUUGGCAGGAGAUACAGAGACACGUACAAAACUUCUAGAACACCUUGACUCGGUGGCAAAACGAGAAGGGGACCUCCUCUACUGGAGUCUGUCGUCAAAAAAAUCCUCCUCUCUGAAUGUGGAGACAACCUCAUAUGUGCUGCUGGCCAGACUCAGUUCCUCUGUCUCUACUGCCAGUGACCUGACGUGUGCCUCAAGCAUCGUUAGGUGGCUCAUUGGACAACAGAACUAUCAUGGAGGCUUUUUCUCUACUCAGGUACUGUGCAGCCUCAAAAGCUGCAUACUGCACCCAAACUUAAUGCUCCUUUUUAUUUGCAUGUGA